AUGAAUCUUAAUUCUCAACAAUUUGGAGGUUUCAAUGAAUAUCACAAUUUGGAUACUGGGCAAGUGAGACACAUAUGUACUAAUUGUGGCAGUCCAUCGCAUCCAGUUGCUAUAUGUCAUCUCAUUCAAAAGACUGCUAGAUUUCCUAUGGAACCCCAGUAUUUCCAACAUCAAUAUCAACAGGCAUAUAAUCCAGCUCCUAGUACCUAUAGUCAUGACUGGGGCAAUUAUUCGACUCAGUACUUUCAACCCCAGAUUCCAGAGCAGCAUGGGUACUUCCAAUCCCAAUGCUAUCAACCCCAACAAAUUCCUGAGCAGUAUGGAAAUACACAGCAACAGGCUAUUGAGCAUCCUCAGUGUGAUAAUUCAAACUGGAUGAACCAUCCAAAUUUUAUGCAUGGGAAUGAACAACAACAAUUGAAUCAAUCUUUUUCAUCAUAUCAGAUGUCACAAGGAUUUCAGGAUGAUCCUAUGCCCACAUGGUCACAUUCGGUCCAACAGAUCAAUCUAGUACCUUGGGGAACAUUUCAAGAAAGCACUGAAGAAGUUCAUGCCCCUAGUCAAUCAAAAUUUCAAGAUCUGCAGGAUGUUAUGCAACAGGUGCAGCAGCAACAAGAGGCAUACAGCCAGUCUCAGCAAAGGAAUGAUGAAUCACUACAGAAUUAUCAGACAUAUUUGGAUCAAAUUGCAGCAUUCAUUAGUCAACGACAAGCCCAAUUAUCUAGUGAGGAGAUGGAUUCUAGAGAAUGUCAUAGCCCUGACCCUGAUUCUACUUCUAUACAGGACUCCUCUACCUUUUUAUGUGAUGAUGUUGUAGUUGUAGAUGAUUUUGCUUCUUCUAAUAUUGUUGUUGCAGAUAUUGUAGAUGCAGGUGUUGUGUAG